AUUUCUAUAUUAAAUAAAAGGCCAAUCAAGAACAGUCCUGUAGGAAAACAAAUGCUAGGAUUGGCUGAGACGCGACAUUGGUUUCAAGGCGCCCUGCUUUCUGUUGGAAGGGCUUGUGAAUGGAGGGGGCGCCUUGAAACCGGUGGAAUCUGCACGGAGUGAGAGGAGAACGAGCCUCUGGACUUCCAACCGAUCAGCAUGCGAACCGACACUGUGUGAAGUCAAGUCGAAAAACGAUGGAAAUAUAGCCUUUUUUAACGCUUAAACUUUUUUGUUUUGUGCUAAAGUUACAACGCGUACAUGUUAGACACGUUGGGAUAACUUGGGUUUGCAUUACUUCAAGAAAACGGGACUUUAAGUGGUAUUUUCACCGGGUCGGCAGUGAGAGUGGGCUGCUUGGAGUCACUUACAAAGACCAAGAAGUCAUGACACGACGAACGUUUCACUUGGAUUUAACUUCAUAAAAUUCGAGGAAAAACGAUUACAGCCUUUCUAACUCGAAGCACUCGGAUUACAAGCUAACGUGGUGCGACAAUUAAUGCAGAUUUCUUCGCUUUUUUAAACAGUUUUCAAGUCGCCCUACUUGGAUCAAAGUUUUUUUCCUUCCCUCCCCCCUCCUCCUUAACUAUGGCGGCGGCCAGGUCCACCACUGGCUUAGUCUUGCUGCGGAUCAUGUGGCUGGUGUGCGGGUUGUCCUUCUCAUCCACCUCUGCUCAACAUUACAACAGUGAUAGUGGAAUUUCUAUCCCAGAACACGGGUUCUGCCAACCCAUCUCUAUCCCGCUUUGCACCGACAUCGCCUACAACCAGACCAUCAUGCCGAACCUCCUGGGCCACACGAACCAGGAGGACGCCGGACUUGAAGUGCACCAGUUCUACCCUCUAGUUAAGGUCCAGUGUUCUGCUGACCUAAAGUUCUUCCUCUGCUCCAUGUAUGCACCCGUCUGCACAGUGCUGGAGCAGGCCAUCCCCCCUUGUCGGUCCCUGUGUGAGCGUGCACGGCAGGGAUGUGAAGCCCUCAUGAAUAAGUUCGGGUUCCAGUGGCCAGAGCGGCUGCGCUGCGAGGCUUUCCCCGUCCAUGGAGCCGGGGAGAUCUGCGUCGGUCAGAACACAUCUGAACCCAGUGGCCCGGCCUCGUCUUCCCCCAAUGCACCCGAUGCUGUGACCCUUCCCCCGAACAUAGGCCGACCCAACCAACGCCCGCCUCAGCACAACCAGUACCACCAGUUCUCAUGCCCUCUUCAGCUGGAGGUGCCCACAUACCUGGGUUACCGAUUCAUGGGGGUCAACGACUGCGGGGCCCCAUGUGAGCCCACUAAACCCACCGGCAUCAUGUAUUUCCGGGAGGAUGAGGUCAAAUUCGGCCGGCUGUGGGUUGGGAUCUGGUCCAUUCUGUGCUGUGUGAGCACCUUAUUCACAGUGCUCACCUAUUUAGUGGACAUGAGGCGGUUCAGGUACCCCGAGAGACCCAUCAUCUUCCUAUCCGGGUGUUAUUUUAUGGUGGCGGUUGCCUACGCGGCUGGAUUUUUCCUGGAGGACAAAGUUGUUUGUGUGGAUAAAUUCAAGGAUGACGGCUACCGGACAGUGGCUCAGGGGACUAAAAAGGAGGGCUGCACCAUCCUCUUCAUGGUGUUGUACUUUUUUGGUAUGGCCAGCUCCAUCUGGUGGGUGAUUUUGUCCCUGACUUGGUUCCUCUCUGCCGGGAUGAAAUGGGGCCAUGAGGCAAUUGAAGCUAACUCCCAGUACUUCCACCUGGCCGCUUGGGCGGUCCCGGCCAUUAAAACCAUCACCAUCCUGGCCAUGGGCCAGGUGGACGGCGACGUCCUGACCGGGGUGUGUUUUGUUGGGAUUUUCAACGUGGACGCCCUCCGCGGUUUCGUCCUGGCUCCGCUAUUUGUUUACCUGUUCAUCGGUACAUCCUUCCUCCUGGCCGGCUUCGUGUCCCUCUUUCGGAUCCGGACCAUCAUGAAGCACGACGGCACCAAGACGGAGAAGCUGGAGAAGUUGAUGGUGCGGAUCGGUGUGUUCAGUGUGCUCUACACGGUACCAGCCACCAUAGUGAUCGCGUGUUACUUCUACGAGCAGGCCUUCAGGGAGCACUGGCAGCGGACCUGGCACAUGCAGACAUGUAAGCGGUUCGCCGUUCCCUGCCCGGUUCACAACUUCGCCCCCAUGACUCCAGACUUCACCGUGUUCAUGAUAAAAUACCUGAUGACCAUGAUCGUCGGCAUCACUUCGGGCUUCUGGGUCUGGUCCGGCAAGACUCUUCAAUCAUGGCGGAGUUUCUACAAGCGCCUUAGCAACGGUAACCACGGAGAGACAACGGUGUAAAGUUUCGAGGAAGAAAAGGCACAAAGCCACGGAGUUUAGGAUACAAAAACCAUGGAAAUGAGGUCAAAUAGCUUUCUUUUUUUUGAUACUAUUUUGGA